AUGGAUUCACAAAUCACAAUUCGAAAAGCCGAAUUAAAAGAUAUAAGUGAGGUAUUCGCGAUGUUGCAGGAGCUCUCCGCUUUCGAGAAACUGCCCCAAAAUGUGAAAAUAAGCAAAGAAACAUUCGAAAAAGAUUUUAUUGAAAAGGCUUUCACUAGUUUCGUUGCUGAAAGGUCAGAUGGAAAACUCGUAGGUUACACAGUAUCUUGUCAAGCAUAUUCGACUUGGGAAGGAAGAGUAAUGAGUUUAAGGGACAUUUACGUAAAACCUGAACUAAGGGGAACCGGCAUUGGGAGAAAAUUAUUUAUAACGACCAUGAAAGAUGGUUAUAAAGCCGGCUGUAAUUCUGCCUUUUUCCUGGUUCUCGAUUGGAAUCCUGCAGUGAAGUUCUACAAGGAACUAGGAGCUACAGAUAUAACCGAAAAAGAAAAUUACCACAUUUUCAAGGUUCUAACGGAUGAUUUUGUUAAGCUUUGUACUAGUACGGAAUAA